CGACCGUGGCACGUCGUGUCGAACAUGUCGCCCCUGUCCAUCAGUGAGUUGUCCCUUUGUGGGCUGAUUGCACGCCUCAAAGAGGUGGAGCACAUCAAAGGCGUCAAGAGCCCUGAUGAUGAGCAGACGGCCGUCCUGGCCACAGAGGCUGAGGUGAAGAAAGCCCUCUUCGAGGAGCUGCAGGCCUCCGCUGGCUCUGGUCUUCCAUCUUUCGAGAAGACGGUGGCCAAGGAGUUCCUUCAGGUGCAAAUCAAGUCAGUGGAUGACAGCAGCAAAGGGGCCGAAGCGAAAAGAAACAAGCUCCAAGAGUUGCUGAGAGGGGUGGAGGGCGCACAGGCGAAGGAGGAGCCCGCGCACGUCCGACGUGCUAGACAAGACCUAGUCAAGGCUGAGAAAGCUCUCGAGGAAGCCACCAAGAACUACGAACGAUGGGAAAAGGGCAAAAAGAUGUUUUCGGUGGAUGAAAUUAAAGUCUUGAAGCGGAACUACGAAGAAGGGAAGCAAAAAGUGGACAAAGCGAGGAUGCUGGUCGACCAGCAGCAACAGCGUCGUGCCACGGCGGCUGUGGCCCCACUGUCAGAGGAGAAAGAGAGGCGGGAAGAGGAGAAAGAAGCCGGGGGGUGA